CAUUUCGUAGAAACUGGACGUUACGAGCGGUGCGUGUGCGAUUACUCCGUGUGAUAUCUUUGCGAAGAAUUGUGUGUUCUUGCUCUAAAAAGACCGGAAUUUUGUUUUUUCUUACAUCUCUUGUGUGGUUUUUUAAUUAGAUCUGGAUUGUUUGAAGGUGGAGUUCUAGGCUAAAGGAAUCAAUUGUCACUUCAAGUGGUCGAUGUGUUGGCCUGCUGCCUGGUGUGUGCGCGUUUUUCAUUUCGGAAAAUUCUGGUGGCAUUUAACGCAGAUCGCAGUACCCUGCAGUGAAAAGCUCAAAAACCACUCUAUUCGCAGUUCGAUCAAAAGAAGCUGUCUGUUGCAUACCUUUUGGAAUACGGUCCAGCUCAGCCUGAAAACUCCAACCUCAAAAGCAGCAUCAUCAUGUAUAUCUCGACGGCUGCUCGCGUGAGUCCGAUUGCACGGAAGUUGGCCAUUAGUGGAGCCAAUGUGCACAUCCGGCCGAUCUGUAGCUUCAUGACAAUCGAGAGACAGUCUCCAGCUGGCCGCAACACCACAACUUCCGUGGGUUUGUUGCCAUCAAUCCGUUCGUUCCAAACUGGCACAGCAUCCCGGGACAUUGAUUCUGCGGCCAAGUUCAUCGGGGCCGGCGCUGCCACGGUUGGUGUCGCUGGAUCGGGUGCCGGGAUUGGAACCGUGUUUGGAUCGCUGAUUGUCGGUUAUGCGCGCAAUCCAUCCCUGAAGCAGCAGCUCUUCUCGUACGCCAUUCUGGGAUUUGCCCUGUCCGAAGCGAUGGGGCUGUUCUGUCUCAUGAUGGCGUUUCUGUUACUGUUUGCAUUUUGAUUGGUUUGCCGGUUUUAUAACCCGUCCGUACAUUAGAUUGGUCUUGUGCUGCUUUAUUCACAGUUAAAGCCCACCACAAGGCACUGGGGAAGCGCAUAUCUGGAUAUGGAAAUAAAAUGUGAAUGGUACGGAAAUAAAAAUCAAAAUUCGAUUCAAAAGAGAGAAAAAUGAUGUAA